UAAUGACACAAUCAUAGCCCUGAUCGAUAAACGCUUCCUAGUUUGCGCGACUCGCAAUAUCGUUCCCUCCCCACACAAUUCAGUUAAGGAAACAAAAGCUUACAGAGGAAUCUCUCACAAGUUACCACCAUCUUAAGGGUUUGGUUUAUACCUAGCCGGAUCUCGAAUAUUGUAAUCAUGCCGGUGACUUUGACUCCGAACGCCAUCGCGGCGAUUAACACAGGCGACGUCAAUCUGAAGCCGCUGUUACAGGUUUUAGAUAUCAGAUUGAUUGGGAAAACUCAGGAGAGAGGCCAGGAGAGGUACCGUUUGCUAAUCUCAGAUGGUGUCUCAGCUCAGCACGCUAUGCUCGCUGUUCAGCUCAACGAUCGGGUUAAGUCAGGACAGGUUGAGAAGGGAUCCAUUGUUCAGCUCAUCGAUUACAUUUGUAGCGACGUUAAAGGCCGCAGGCUUACUAUUGUGCUGAACAUGGAGACCAUAGUACCACAGUCUGAAACCAUUGGGAACCCAACAAUGUCUGCAGAAUCUAAUACAGAAUUCCAAAAGCCACUUCCAGGUCCAGGCAACAUACAUCCUCCGAGUAGGGUUGGUUCAAUUGAGCAGCAUUCAACUAAUAAAGUGCCUCCCAGGGGUGUAAACAAUACUCCAUCUGUUCAGCCUGCAUAUCAACCACCUCCAAGCUACAGAAAUCAUGGACCCAUAAUGAAGAACGAGGCUCCAGCUCGAAUCAUCCCUAUCGCUGCUCUCAAUCCAUAUCAAGGUCGGUGGGCUAUUAAGGCUAGAGUAACUGCAAAAGGAGAUAUCAGGCGUUAUAACAACGCAAAAGGAGACGGGAAAGUAUUCUCUUUUGAUCUGCUUGACUCUGAUGGAGGGGAGGUUCGUAUCACUUGCUUCAAUGCUGUUGUUGACCGAUUCUAUGAUGUUAUUGAGGUUGGUAAGGUGUAUUUGAUUUCAAAGGGAAGUUUGAAGCCUGCACAGAAAAACUUCAACCACUUAAAGAACGAAUGGGAAAUUUUCUUGGAGUCAGCAUCGACUGUGGAGCUUUGUCCCGAUGAAGAUGGCUCCAUACCAAGGCAGCAGUUCUCCUUCCGUCCUAUAGGCGACGUUGAGAAGGCUGAAAACAAUGCCAUACUCGAUAUCAUUGGGGUUGUGACUUCUGUGAACCCUUCUGUCCCAAUCCUGAGGAAGAACGGGAUGGAAACCCAUCGGAGAACCCUCAAUCUGAAGGAUGAUUCAGGAAAGGCCGUUGAGGUUACGCUAUGGGGAGAGUUCUGUAACCGAGAUGGUCGGGAACUUGAAGAGAUGGUUGGUUCAGCCUUUUACCCCGUUUUAGCAAUAAAAGCUGGAAAAGUAAGCGACUUCAGUGGUAAAUCAGUUGGGACAAUAUCGUCAACACAGCUCUUCAUAAAUCCAGAUUUUCCUGAAGCUCAGAAACUGAGGAACUGGUUCGAUCACGGUGGAAAAGAUACUGCAUCCUCCUCCAUUUCCAGAGACAAUAUGCCUGGAGGAGGUUCGAGGAACGAGAUACGAAAAGUUGUUUCCCAGAUCAAAGAGGAAGGUCUUGGAAGAUCAGACAAGCCUGACUGGUUCACAGUGAAAGCAACCAUAGCAUUCAUCAAAACUGAUAGCUUCUGCUACACAGCUUGUCCUUUGAUGAUUGGAGAUAAGCAAUGCAACAAGAAGGUGACACGGACUGGAACAAACAUGUGGCUCUGUGACCGGUGCAACCAAGAGUUUGAGGAAUGCGACUACAGAUACCUUCUUCAAGUGCAGAUUCAAGACCACACUGGGAUGGCUUGGGUAACGGCGUUCCAAGAAUCCGGUGAAGAAAUCAUGGGAUGUCCGGCUAAGCAGCUUUACACGUUGAAGCACGAAUCGCAGAAUGAUGAGGAAUUCGCAGUGAUUGUUAGAAACAGACUGUUUCAUCAGUACAUGUUAAAGUUGAAGAUCAAAGAGGAAACUUAUGGGGAGGAACACAGACUGAAGAUGACUGUGGUGAAGGUUGAUACGGUGAAUUACACAUCCGAGAGUAGAUACUUGCUCAACUUGCUCGUUGGGUCUCUACAGGUAUAAUCAGAGGGAUCUCAAAUUAUCUUAGAUUAUGGUGGUUAUCGAUAUGCUGUAUUCGAGCGUUAUGCUUUUCCGAAUCCCUUUUUUUUUUGGAUUCAUUGAGACUGCUAAGACAAAUUCAUGAAACGAGUUUUUUUAAAAGUUUUGAGCAUAGUACA